ACGUAUGACGCAGGGCGCAGUGGGAACGGCAAUGGCGGCGGAUCGCACGAAGGCGGUCGGAGCUGUUCGAACGUCCCGCUCUGCGCGGGAUGGCCUGGACAAAAGCAUCACGCUGCCGCCCGACGAGAUCUUCCGCAACCUGGAGAAUGCCAAGAGCUUCGCCAUCGACAUAGGUGGCUCCUUGACAAAGCUGGCCUACUAUUCAACAGUGCAGCACAAGGUUGCAAAAGUGCGAUCCUUCGAUCAUUAUGGUAAAGUCCCUGAUGAUGAACCAUUGUACGAGAUCUCCGUUCAGGAAGAGAUCACUGCCCGACUUCAUUUUGUUAAAUUUGAAAACGCUUAUAUAGAAACGUGUCUGGACUUCAUCAAAGCACACCUGGUGAACACGGAGACCAAAGUGAUUAAAGCCACAGGAGGUGGUGCUCACAAGUUCAAGAAUCUCAUAGAGAAAAAGCUGGGACUAAAGGUGGAUAAGGAAGACGAAAUGACUUGCCUAAUAAAAGGUUGCAACUUUGUGCUGCGAAAUAUUCCACAUGAGGCCUUUGUGUAUGUGAAGCAUGCAGAUCCUGAAUUCCGCUUUCAGACAACACACCCAGAUAUCUUUCCCUACCUGCUGGUGAACAUUGGGUCAGGAGUAUCUAUAGUUAGGGUGGAAUCUGAAGACCAAUUUGAGCGGAUUGGAGGAAGCUCAAUAGGAGGUGGUACGUUCUGGGGGCUCGGAGCAUUGCUGACAAAAACAAAGCGAUUUGAUGAAUUAUUGCAACUAGCAUCAAAAGGGCAGCACACAAAUGUGGAUAUGUUAGUUCGUGACAUUUACGGAGGGGCAUAUGAAUCCUUUGGGCUGACUGGGGAUCUUAUUGCCAGUAGCUUUGGAAAAUCUGCCACUACUGAUAAAGAGUUCACCAAAGAGGAUAUGGCAAAGAGUUUACUCCACAUGAUCAGCAAUGACAUUGGCCAGCUGGCCUGCUUGUAUGCCAAGCUUCACAACCUCAGCCGAGUCUACUUUGGUGGUUUCUUUAUCCGUGGGCACCCUGUUACCAUGCACACCAUUACCUACAGUAUCAACUACUUUACAAAGGGUGAAGUUCAGGCACUCUUUUUAAGACAUGAAGGAUACCUUGGUGCCAUUGGGGCUUUUCUAAAGGGAGCAGAAGAGGACAAUCCAAAUCAGUAUAGCUGGGGAGAGAACUAUGCUGGCAGUUCAGGCUUAAUGAACACUUCUCCUGAUGUGCAUCCAUUGCAGCGAACACGAAGUGGAACGUUUGACAUGUUGGAGAUGGACAGACUGGAACGGCAACUGGUGAACCUUCCUCUCCUCCUUGAUGCAUCGUCAUAUGUCCCAGAUACAGUUGAUCUCACAGAAGAUGCCAUGGCAAGGGAGUAUUGGCUGAGCUGCUUUGAGGAUGCUUUAGAUGGUGUAGUAAAGCGAGCUGUUGCUAGCCAACCACAGUCACUGGAUGCUGCAGAGCGAGCAGAGAAAUUCCGGCAGAAAUACAGGCACAAACUUCAGACACUGAGGCACCAACCAUUUGCAUACGGAUCCCUAACAGUCAGAAGCUUGUUGGACACACGGGAGCACUGUCUGAAUGAAUUCAACUUUCCAGAUCCUUACUCAAAAGUGAAACAGAGAGAGAAUGACAUAGCAUUAAAGCAUUUUCAGAAAGUUGUGCAGGCGUUGGAGUCACUCAGCAUGGAGGAGCGGCAGUUUGCACUAGUGAAAGGUCUCCUGGCAGGGAAUGUCUUUGACUGGGGAGCCAAAGCUGUUUCAGAUGUCCUUGAAACAAAUUCAGCAUUUGGCUUUGAAGAAGCAAAAAAGCGCUUACAAGCACGCCCUUGGCUGGUGGAUGCAUAUAAUGACUGGUUAGAGCGUCUUAAGAUGGUGGUUCGUAUGUGGAAUGAACUUCCUGAGGAAGUGGUGGAUGGUCCUCCUCACAAAUGUGCCUUAUUUUUCGUAGAUAAUAGUGGAAUAGACAUAAUUCUUGGAGUCUUCCCGUUUGUCAGGGAGCUGCUGUCAAAAGGCACAGAGGUCAUUUUAGCCAGUAACUCAGGACCAGCAUUAAAUGAUGUUACCUGCAGUGAGUUGGCAAUAGUUACAGAGAGGAUUGCAGCGAUGGAUUCAGUCAUCAGGAAAGCUUUACAGGAUGAUAAACUGUUAUUAGUUCAGAGUGGCUCAAGUUCACCUUGUCUAGAUCUGAGUCGACUGGACAAAGGGUUGGCAACAGUGGUCUGGGAGAGGAAGACUGACCUGGUGAUCAUCGAAGGCAUGGGUCGAGCUAUUCACACAAACUAUUACGCUGCAUUACGUUGUGAAAGCCUCAAACUUGCCGUCAUCAAGAAUGCCUGGUUGGCAGAGCGACUUGGUGGGAGAAUCUUCAGUGUUGUUUUUAAAUACGAGAUGCCUCCAAAGUGAUUGGGAGGACUUGAUGAGGAAGGACGUGACAUUGCACUGGCACUGAGAUGUCCCCUGUGGAAUGUAAUUGUAUUUUUUUUCUUGUGACUAUAUAAUUGAAUUUGAGAAAAAUGUCAAUAUGGAUCAGCAAAGCUUUUGUGUCAGAAGCAAUAAUAUAUAUUAUAUAUGUACAGCAACCAUAUCCUUGUUUUAAACAAACACUUAUUGUAUAGACACAGUAUUUGUGGAAACGAACAAUUAUCUUGCUUUUGGUCACUCAAGACAAUCAGGUGAAAUGUUAUCUCUUUCGUUAGCAGUUUCCUUUGAAGAGAUCUACUUAAAGGUAGUGUGGUCUGCAGAUAACACUGUACCCAUUUGAAACUGAACAGUUGGCUGCACAAUUACAAAUGUACUUCAGACCUUGAAUCAUGUUUGAAAAGAGCAACUGAAGCUAUAUUGGUGGGUAUAGGAUUUUGUCAGUAUCGCACUAAGGGUAUAGUAGUGGUGGAUGUUGUGCUGUCACUAUAACACAGUAUUGGAGUGCAAAUCUAUCACUGCAACACUAGGGCUGCAGUACUGGUGAGUACAGGUCUGUCAUUAUAUAACCAGUGAACUACUGUUGAAACAUCAUCACUGUGGUAAACUAGGAAAACAUAACAACCAAUUUACACAUUGAAAGCUCCAAUAAACAGCAAUGAGAUAAUGACUAGAUGGCAUGUUUUUGCAGUGUUGAGGGAUAAAUGUUAGUCAUGAUACCAUAGAACACUCGCCUGUCCUUCUUGGAGGUAACAGCAUGAAAUCUUUCACUUCCAUCUAAGAUAGCAAUUUAAUGUCUCAUCCAAAAGGUAGCACUCUGACAGUGUAGGACACUUACAGUACUACACUGGGUGUAUCAGCCUGGACUUUUCAUAAAUGUCUUUGGUGUUUGUCUUGAACCUAGACCCUAAUGGAUUGGAGAUACCAAAAGCACACAAUGAUCAAGACAGGUGCAACCAUUUAUGAUUUGAAACAGCCAACUUAAAUCUCUAAAAACAGGGUCUUCAAAGCUUUAAAUCUAAAACUUGUUUUGGACUGAAGUGUCAGCUGAGCGCAGCAUCUGCUUUUUGCAGGAGUGACCAUUGACCAGGAGGUUUCAGUAUUUGAAUUUUUCUUGAUUUAAGAUGCAAAUGAUGUACUGUUCUGAAAGGCUUGUCACGCUUUAUAAAUAUUACAUUUAUAUGUUGUCCAUUUUUACAUUUCAAAGUAAGCAAUGCUCAGUGCAAGAGUUUUGCCUCCAUGGUUUUAAAAUCUGCUAAUUUAGAUGGAGGUAGAAAUUUUGAGCAGUGUUUGUCCUAACGUGUAUUCUAAUUGAAAUUGUUCAUGGCUAGUUGUUGCAUAUCUCAUUUGGUGGAAUGACUUUAUCUUUGUGAUUGAAGUGUCAUGGAAUCUCCUAUGCUAACUCUUCAAAAGAUCGUUUCAGUUAGUUCUACACUCUUGGUUUUCUCUGUAGCCCAGAAUUUUUUUCAAAUAUUUGCCCGUUUCCCCUUUGAAAGUUACUAAAAUAUCUGCUUCUGCUAUCUUUUCAGGCGUUGCACAAGCAAUGUCAGCCAGACUGAGCUUGGGGAGCAGAGGAUGAAAGGAAGUGAAACCACUUCAUUUAUUGUAUUGCAAAUGUGGGAACUUCUAUGGUAAUAGUAGUGUGUUAGUAAUCGCAUAAGCUUGAAGCACCUCCUAGCAGUAUUGCAUGAAUAUCCAAGACAUGAUUGUGGAGUAGGUUUGCAAUAUCAAUUCUCUCACUAUUAUUAUUUUUAAAAUCUUUCUAGGGAACUCAAAAUUGCUGCCUUACAGUGCCAUGUAUCUGCAGCAUCUUAGCAGUUGACCAUUCCUCAUGAAUAUGCCUAGACAAUGCCUCUCACCACCGUGUUUGACCGUGGAAAAUACUGCAGAGUGCUUGAUCCUGUUCUUGUUUGACAUUUAUGCACACAGACAUUUUGCUAAUGGGGUUGCCAUGUAGUAGUCAUGAGUAGGAAUCAUAGCUGGUUCUCUUGCAGUUGUAUCCCUGGGGGAGCUGUGACCAAUUGUUUGGCUUGUAUUGCUACCCUGACUGAGAUCAAUUCAUUAAACAGAUCAAACUCCAACUUUUCCUGAUUUCUGUGGCUGUGAUGCAACAGGCACAAUCAGACCACUGAAGGAAUUUUAAUUUUAAGUGGAGAAAUUAAUUUAUGAAAUUUUAAUCAUGCCUUUUUAAUGUAGAACCAGCAUCUUGACCCACUAAAAUGAUAUUCUUGUUGGCUGCAUAUAGUGACAACACAACCUCUGGCCAAAAUGAGAUGUUAAUGUAAUAUCCCUGUAAGUCAUAGCUGGAGGCUGCACUGCUAAAAUGACUAGGAUUGAUUUUAUGCACAUGGUUAAUUAUUUCAUUAUCCUCCACUUAGCAAGAGAAACAGUCCUGCUGUCUCAGGACGCUUAUUUGCUGUAGUUUCAAACAUGAGUUAAGAAAUUUGUGAAUUCUAAUCACAAAUCCUGACCCACACCGACUCAUUGGUUGACACAGUGGUAUCAAUAUUCAUGGUUUCUUUUUUAAUGCCCCAGCUAACAAUCCCUGCAUUUCUUUUUUGUUUUUCCAUGACCUGUUUACUCUAAUGUAUGAUAAAUGUUUUAGCAUUGCCAUUGUUACAGUUUACACUGUUUACUGUGAGGCUGUGCAAGAAUACAGCUUAGAGAAAAAUUGCCCCAAUUAAUUAUUGCUUUGGUCUCUUCCUUGUUGGGCUAAGCAACUGUCUCCUGGACAUGUUGUGAGUUUGAGUGAGUCAUUAAACAAGAUAGUAAAAGAUGUAUCGACAACACUCCUUCAAAUUAAACAGUGACAGUAGGACAAGUUCAGCCUGGCACUAGGUAACAUUAGAAUGAGCAUCAAGAAGUUCUUCACACUAAAAAUGGUUUGUGGGUGUAAGGUAAAGGGUGCAUAAAUCAUUUAAGCAGCUGCCAGGUUCUGAGAGUUGGGAACCUUUCUGGCUGGAUGAAUAAAGAUGGCCUUAAAGAUCCUUCUCAUUGUUUUGAAAGCCUAAUUAGAAGGAAAAUAAAGUUUUACCUUUAUACAAGGACCUGCUAAAGUGCUUUAAAAGAAAAGUACUAAACAACUGCCAAUUUUCUUUCAGAGCAGUCCAACGAACUAACUGAAUGAGUGACUGGUGGAGUUGGAGGAAGCAAUGUUGAGUAGGAAUUAGGAGAGCUCCUUUCUCUUUCAGUCGUGUCAGUGGAUAUAUCACCAAUACCUGAGCAGGCAGUUCGGACCUGAGUUUCAUGCCUGAUGCUGAACAAGUUGAACUACCUCCAAUAGUGCAGCAUUCCCUCAACGUUUCACUGUCCAAGUCUAUAAGGGUUUCAAAUUCACAAUCUGCUGCGUCAAGAAUGAGAGCUAACCAUUGAGCAAAAGCAGGCACUUAAAAUGAAUAUUUGAGAUACUUUUUUGAUGUAACCUAUUUUUCUAAUCAACCUGCUCAGUGAUUUUAUUACACACAUCUGGAGCAGAUGGGACUCGAACCCAGGCCUCCCAGUCCAGGGGUAUUGACACUAUCACUGUGCCACAAGAGGUUAAAUAACUUGAUUAUAAUCAUCCAUGAAUUUAAUUUAUAUUUAAUUAGUUAGUUAAAAGUCUCAACCUAGCCGUACAGAUGUAAUAUAAAUUUCACUUUAUGCUUAAGUGGCAUGGAUCUGUUUUACACAGUUUAACUUUGUUAUAUCAUUAAAAAUUUAAUCAGUAUUAUGUGGCUCAUGAAGUUAUGGUCUGGAACAACCUUUUACUAAGCAGUUCAUCCUCAAUAAGAAAAUGAAGUCAUUUCACUACCUUUGUUCAACCUUCUUCCCAUUUUGAAAAUCAUCUUUUAUAUUGGAGUGUAGGUUUUCAAAAAAAAGGCAGAAAAUUUUGUAAAGGAAUCAUUUCUUGUGGGGUGGAAGGAGAAGCUACUUGUAAAUUUACAGUAUUAAUUGAAAGUUUGCUGGCCUCUCCAAAUUUCACCCUUGAGCAACAAAAACAGAAAUUGCUGGAAAAGCUCAGUAGGUCUGGCAGCAUCUGGGGAGACAAAUCAGAGUUAACAUUUUGGGACGAGUGGCCCUUCCUCAGAACUGAGAAAGGGUCACUUGACCCAAAACAUUAAUUCUGAUUUCUCUCCACAGAUGCUGCCAGACCUGCUGAACUUUUCCAGCAAUUUCUUUUUUGUUUCUGAUUCUGCAGUUCUUUUGGUUUUUAUUCAGCUCUGAGCAACGUGCAGCCAUUAACAACUGCUGAUUAAGUCAUAUUCCCUGGCUGGACUGCAGUGCUUGUAGAGUCCUGUUGAGCUGGCAGUUACAAAUGAUUAAAACCACCUGGAAUGUGUGAAAGAUGAUGGGGUAAGGUGUCAAGGAGAGAAAAAAUUCUAUAAUACACUUCAGUGUUUUGCAUUGUUUUAUGAGGAAGGAGAAUAAUCUGGCAGUGAAAUAUGUAGCGAUAUUGCUCCACUAUUUCUUCCAGAUCCAGUGUUUACUGUGGUCAGUUUAUGAGUUGCAUCAUGUAUUUUAAUUAAGCCAUUUCGUUGAUGAGCUGAUGAAUUCUUUUGCAGUCGGUACCAAGUGCAAAUGCUGUAUGUUUAAAUUUUCAGAGAGAAGAAUUUGGAUAUCUUGCAGCAGUAAUGUGGACAGGGUGACAGGUAACAUACAGCAAUAUGCAGUUAACCUCUUAAGUCAAUGACUGAAUCUCAUUCUCAGGUCACAUCUCCAGUCUCAGGGUAGUGCUGUCAAAUAGGUUAGCUACUGAAUUGUAAUGAUGGAUUCCUACUAAAAUUGAGGACUUUUGUACAGUUUGACUGCAUACAAUGCAAAAAUAAAAAUGGUCAAAGCUACCCUGGAUUGGCCCAGGUCACACUGCUCAAGCAGGGAAUGGAUUGGAAAAGGGCAAACUCUUGCUGUAUUUUAUGUGCUCAAUUAGACAAAACCAUGUCAAUAGAUUAAAUAUAGAUUAUUUUGGAAGGAG